AUGACACUUCAAUCACCCCAAGAUAAGCGGGGUGCUUCUACUGAAGACGUAAUUGGACCUGUAGAUGGGCCUAUAAAAGCACAAGAAGAGAAGGGAAUUGAGGAUGUCCCUGAAGCCGAGGAUGCCGCUGAAGCCGAGGAGGUUGAGGAAGCCACACCGAUUGAGUUAUUCUACGAUUUAUUCUUUGUUGCAAAUCUGACAACCGUAACAUCAGUGCACUAUAUCACUGAAUCCAAAACGCUUUCUUCCUAUAUUCUAUACUUUAUCAUCUUAUGGUUCACCUGGCUCCAUGUUACACUUCUGGAUGUGAGAUUUUCCGUUGACUCGGUUUACGAGAGGGUAUGCAAAGCCCUUCACUUUGCGGUAAUGGGAGCAUUUGCGUCAGUAUCAACAACCUGGGAUCCAUUCAGUCCAGACGACGAUAUUACCAUCACCGCUUUGAGGACGAUGACACUCACUCUUAUGUUCUCAAGAGUUAUUCUGAGUAUCCAGUAUUUUGUGGUCAUGUAUUUCGGGAGGUCAAAGCCGAGAACUAACCUUCCGCUGGCCAUUCAUGGUUCAGUCAUGAUUAUUUCAGCUUCUGUUUACCUCGGUAUAUACUUCUCUUUCCGUCAUGGCCACACCGAGAAGUACUACCUAUCUUGGUAUAUAAUGGCGGCCUUUGAAGUGAUAUCUGUCAUCACCACAUCGUCGAUAUGGGGAUGUGUUAGUUUUAAAAGGACCCAUUUAAUUGAGCGAAUGGGACUGUUGACUUUGAUAAUCUUGGGGGAGGGCAUCAUCGUCAUGUUAAAGGCAAUAAACACAAUUGUCAAGGGCUUCGGUUGGACCUGGACUACCCUUGGAGUGGUAUCCUCCUCAAUCGCUUUAAUUUAUCUAUAUUGGAUGUUCUACUUCGAUUUCAAUCCAAUGAAAAUCUACUACGGGAGGUUCAGACAACAGCUUUGGACCCUUCUCCACUUUCCAUUCCAUCUAGCCAUCGUACUCUCUGUUGAGGGUCUACGGCAGCUCGCCACUCUGAGAAACUACGAGCUCAUGGCCGACGAUAUGAUGGGGAAGUUUACUGGACCUACGAGACCAAAUAAUCGAACCCAAAUGAUCGACCAGUUCAACAAUGCGUUUGCCCUUUUCUACAACGAUGACUACGCCAAGACCGUUCUCAAGGAGUGGCCGAUUGUUACGAAUUGGACGAAUGAGCUCGAGACCUUUAUGUACGAUUCUGUUCUACAAGAUGGGGAUCGGGAGUUCAUGGAAGCAUACAAUGAUCUGUAUAAUGCACUAGUUGCAAAGCUGGCUUACUAUCUGAGCGAGUUUUACGGAUUCAAGUUCCCGUAUCGGGAGCCCGAGGACUCUGGCGACAGGUUCAGCGGCUUCAGGCAGCUUUUUGACCUGGUUUUCAAAUACUUCUUCCUUUCCCUAGGAGUUAUCUUUAUCAUGUACGGCCUAUUUGCAAUUCUUGUGCGACGUCGUUUGGAUAUCUACGACUGGAUAUGCGUGGGUCUUCGAUUUACCCCGGCGGUGGCCUUCUUCGCCAUGUCCGAGGUAUCUUCAACAAGCACCCUCUACUCCUCAGGAGGCGGAUCAUGGCCUAUUCCACAAGUCUGUGUCUUGAUAUUCAUAGUCCUCCUUUCGGACAAGGCGACUCAGUGGUUUGGCCUCUGGCGCUCGGGAAGAUAA